AUGUACCUGGCCGAGGACAGGGACAAGCGGGUGAAGGCGAUCCUGGAGGUCGAAGAGUGGGCGGGGACGGUCAAGCUGGUUGUUAUUGGGUCUAGUGGGGUUGGGAAGACGGCGUUGUUGAGGCUGUACUGUGAUCACGAGUGGGAUCCGAGACUAGCGACUUCGACGAUUGGGAUUGACUUCAAGACCAAGCGCUUGUUAGUCGGAGACGAGCCGUAUAAGGUCAAUAUCUUUGACACGGCCGGCCAAGAAAGGUUCCGCACGCUCUCGGCAAGCUACUACCGCGGCGCCCACGGCGUCAUUCUGGUAUACGACAUCACCAACAGGAAGACCUUCCUGGACCUCGAAGGGUGGUUCCAGGAGGCCAAGACUUGCAGCACCGAAGUCGUGGUUCUGUGCCUGGUCGGAGCCAAGCUAGACAAGGCCGCGGACGGUGGCCGGGAGGUCACGACCGAAGAGGGCCGGGCGCUGGCUGAGAGCCACGGGGCGCUCUUCUACGAAGUCAGCGCCAAGACGGGGGAGAACUUCCGGGAGCCUUUUGUCGGGAUCGUGCAGCGGAUUGUGGGCACCCCGGGCCUCUUGGAGGCGGUACGGAGGAAACCGGUGCCCGACACGCUCCGAUUGAAUAGGGAUGAUGACUAUUACACGAAGCCCAUAAUAGUAGUGUCGUUGCUGCACUGUUGUCUGAGCGGAUGA